UCCUCGCUUGGCGUUUGAAUAUUAGGGAAUUCUAACGCAAAUGCUCGCACAGCAGCACUUGCGUUCCCGUUGUUCCGGGCGUACACCCAGAACAUCCUAUAGUACUCUUGAGCCGUGUACAUUUCUACGACGGGUUUGCUAGCUGACUGACAGGAUUUUUUUCAAGCAACUUCCACUACCCCGAAAUAGCUUCUCUCGUUCCAUUAGGAGUUAACUCCCACCAGGACAAAAUUUAGAGAAAAAGAAACCAGCAUUUGCUGAAAAAACACGUGGCCUGCAGAAGUGCAACGAAAACUUUCACAAAAGCCCGCGUUCUGUCCUUCUACUGCCAAUGUACCCAUUGCCUCGAGAUAGAAAACAUACACCACGUGUAUCGGUUCGAAAGGGCCCGAAGAGAAGAGAAACAGAAAGUCUUCGAGUUGCUAUAAAGAAGAAAAUGCAUACCAUUCCUGUUUCACCUUUCCGAUACCCUGAGUUUACGUCUGCUACGAGGCGAAACCAAUUAAGUCAUAAAUUAUCCGAAACUGUAGGAAACUGUUCUCUACCGCCGACUAGCGGGACAAUACGGUCAUAAACCGCAACCCUGGCGAAAUGCUCUGGCUGAUCAGCCUGAUUAAUUUUGGAGAACUAGAAAUUACAGAUUAUUAUCCAACAUCAAUACGCCUCGCGGAGAGACACAGGAAGAGGUGGGACCGCUGUCCACCAUCUCUCGUCCGGAAUACGUCGACGCGUAUUAAGUCGCAGACCAAUUAAGCGCGUAAUUUAUGACUUAAUUGGUUUCGCCUCGUAGCAGACGUAAACUCAGGGUAUCGGAAAGGUGAAACAGGAAUGGUAUGCAUUUUCUUCUUUAUAGCAACUCGAAGACUUUCUGUUUCUCUUCUCUUCGGGCCCUUUCGAACCGAUACACGUGGUGUAUGUUUUCUAUCUCGAGGCAAUGGGUACAUUGGCAGUAGAAGGACAGAACGCGGGCUUUUGUGAAAGUUUUCGUUGCACUUCUGCAGGCCACGUGUUUUUUCAGCAAAUGCUGGUUUCUUUUUCUCUAAAUUUUGUCCUGGUGGGAGUUAACUCAUAAUGGAACGAGAGAAGCUAUUUCGGGGUAGUGGAAGUUGCUUGAAAAAAAUCCUGUCAGUCAGCUAGCAAACCCGUCGUAGAAAUGUACACGGCUCAAGAGUACUAUAGGAUGUUCUGGGUGUACGCCCGGAACAACGGGAACGCAAGUGCUGCUGUGCGAGCAUUUGCGUUAGAAUUCCCUAAUAUUCAAACGCCAAGCGAGGAUACAUUUCGUCGCUUAGCGUCGAGAUUGUAUUCAACGGGGUCCAUGAUGCCGCGAGGCCGUCAUGUGGAGCAAUACUUUCAUUAAUAACAAUCGGCCCCUUUCGGGGCCACCAAUUUUUAAAACGUAAGAACAAUACGUUUCACGACAAAAAAAUAAAGUGAUCAGUGUUAGUAGCCGUGCAGUGAAGUGAAUAUUCGAUACGUUGACCUGGACGCACCUGACAUUGCGACCCUUAACUUUGGGUAGUGUCGUAUACCUGGGAUCAGCUGUGCACUGGGCUCGUCCAUCGAUGACCAGGAUCGGUUCAGUGACCCAGUGACACAAGUUUUCAAGUUACAGGUGCAUUUUCGACAAGGGUGAGUUUUAGUCAGUUUAUUGGUAAUCAUUCAUUUUUAAAUUUAACGCAAGCUAUGGCUUGUUUCCGGCAAUAAUUCUUAAAAUUCUCGUACGAAAAUAUUUAUCCGGGCUUUUUAAACAGACUUAUUCGUUAUCAGCAACAGUGCUGGUCGUUAUUAAAUUACGGAUUUAUAUCACAAUAACGAACUACGAUCACUUUUCGUUAAUUUCCUUUUCGUGGAUACGUUAUUGACACAAGGAAUUUUACGUAUUCCAUAUCCUCCCACUUCAAAUAACUAUUAUUUUCGAAUCCUCUAAAAAAAAUGUGUAUUCGUCUUUUUACGUUACACGUGAUUUUCAUCUAUUUAUCCUUUAUUCAUCAUUCACUUUAAAUAACAAACAAACCAUGACAACGUGUUCGAUUUUAUUUGCUACGCCUUUUUCAUUUGCCAUUCUACGCAAUUUUCCUCGUUGCAUGCCGAGUUGCUUGUUCACAAGUCGCAGCGCGGCGCGUAGCCACGCUAGCACGGCGCGUAGCCAUGCUAGCAUGGGAGCUCGGGCGGAAAGCGCGCGAUCUGAUUGGUCGGUGCUUUUUGUUAAUAUCUCGUUAACGAAACCCCGGAGAGCAUUUUCACAAAGGAAAAAGUUGUUUGCAAUCAUCCCCCGAAUCACCCCCUUUAAGGACCCGCAACAUCUUUGGGACACCCUGUAUAUUCGUUUUUCAGGUUAUGUUUAUUUAUUUGUUGGACAGCACAUGUGAAACUAUCGCGUAAAAUUGAAUCGGCAUAUUUUGUCGGAAAAAUGGCUUUGAAAGCAAAAGAAAGCUUAGCCGAUAAAAUAAAUUCUUUACUUACUACAACACCAACAAAUUUUGAUUCUGACAACGAUGCUGAAGACACAAAGGCUAAAGUAGUUGAUCGUUAUGAUGAAAGUGACAAUUCGGAAAGCAAUGUUCAACUUUCGAAGACACGUAGCCAAAACAUUGAUACCUUAGAUCAAUUAGACAAAAGAUACAUAGGUAAAAAAGUUUCAAGAAAGAACAUAUAUACCAGUGAUAAUGAUUCGCUCGAUGUAUCGGGAAGCGAAGGAAAUGAAGAUAUAAGUAGUACAGAAGAAGAAGAUGACAAUUACAUAAGUAAUGAUUAUGAUAAUAAUAAUGAUGAUUCAGAUAACAGUGAAGACACUGAGGAUGAUAAUGAAAGUGACAACUUGGACGAAGAAUUAAGUUACAGCGAUGAAGAAAGUUUUAAACAAUAUUCCAAAGAUACAAAAAAUGUAUCUGAUAUCGAAGAUCAAAAUUACGACAAUGACAAUUCUGAUACUAAGCAAAAAAUAGAUUUUCAAACAAUAUCGCAUACAAACCUUAAAGCAGAUAUUGAUAAAGGUAAUUGUGUUAGAAGUCAACUGAAACUUUGGGAAAGUCUGCUAGAAAUAAGAAUAAAGUUACAAAAAUGUUUAAUUCCUAGUAAUCAAAUGCCUCAGUAUGAUAUACACACAAGUUUAAGAGAAAAUAUGGACUAUAUGAAGAAAGUUGAUGAAAGUAAAAGCAAACUAAAAUUGUUAUUAAACAAUAUGUUACAAUUACAAAAUUUGUUCUUGAAACAAUAUCCAGAAACAAAGAAUUUAUUUGCACAGAAUAGAAAAAGAAAGAUUGAAGAAAACAUAAAUAAGGAAAUGAUAAAUGUAGACAAUUCAAUGGAUGAAGAAAUUCCUUCAGAUACGGAAGAUGGAAACGAGAAAGAAGAUACGUCGAUUUUAGGCGAAGACUUGGACGAUAUUACUAAAAAUGUAUACUGUAAAAAACUGAAACUUGACAAUUAUGAAAAAAUAUUAAAUGAUAAUCAUACAUUGUACACAGAAUAUAGAAAUUCUGUUAUACAAAAGUGGAACGAAAAGACAAGAAUAGCGAGCGGUAAAUUGGAUAAGGGUAUGAAUCAAACGACGUUAAAACAAAUCGAAUUUGCUUUAAGCGAUAAAGAAAAAUUACGCAAGAGAACCCAACUAAAACGUUCAGAAUACAAUAUUAUUGGCAAGACGGAAUUGGUCGAAGAUAACAACGAGAGUAGAAGAGUUCAAGAAUACGAUCCUGAAAUUUACGAUGAUGACGAUUUUUAUCACCAACUUUUAAGGGAUUUAAUUGAAUAUAAAUCGGCUGAUAUUACAGAUCCUAUACAACUUAGUAAACAAUGGAUUCAAUUACAAAAUAUGAGAAGUAAAAUGAAGAGGAAAAUAGACACAAGAGCUACCAAAGGUAGAAGAAUACGAUACAAUGUACAUAAUAAAUUAGUAAACUUUAUGGCUCCUAUUACGAUAAACGAUACAUGGUUAAAUCAUGCAAAAGAUGAACUAUAUAAUUCUUUGUUUGGUAAAAUUAAAUCAACAAAUAUAGAGUCUAGUCAUUAACAUUGAAAUAAUUGAUAACAUUUUAUAUAGCUUUACACAAUGUAAUAAAAAGUAUUUUACAAGGUGUUUAAAAAAUAAUUAUAGAAACUGUUAAAUAAACCUUAUAACAACUGAAAAUUAUUUCAUUUUCCAUAAAUAAAUAAAAGAUGGUCCAUGAAAUGGAGCUUUAU